UUAAGGUGAAACGCAUGCACAGUCGCAUGCUGCUCCGACUCCUGACAGCGAAUUAAAUAUUACCAACAUGUUGGACGUAAAUACUUAAAUUAACAAUAAAGUCUUUUAAAAACAGCACCCAAAGUCAAGAUGGAGGUCCUCGGAGGCGAGUUUUGUAACAUGUCUCCGCAGGAACUGGCGGCUCCUGUCAACACCAUAGCGGAUAAAUGGAAACUAUUGCCUGCCUUCUUGAAGGUGAAAGGCUUGGUGAAGCAGCACAUUGACUCCUUCGACUAUUUCAUUAACGUGGAGAUCAAGAAAAUUAUGAGUGCAAAUGAAAAGAUAACGAGUGAUGCAGAUCCCAUGUGGUACAUCAAAUACCUCAACAUCUACAUCGGCAUGCCUGACGUGGAGGAGAGCUUUAAUGUGACCCGACCGGUCUCUCCUCAUGAGUGUCGUCUCCGAGACAUGACCUAUUCUGCGCCAAUCACCGUGGACAUCGAGUACACCCGCGGCAGUCAGAGAGUCAUCCGCAAUGCACUGCCUAUUGGAAGGAUGCCCAUCAUGCUACGAAGCUCCAACUGUGUCCUCACAGGGAAGACACCCUUGGAGUUCUCGAAACUUAACGAAUGUCCUCUGGAUCCAGGUGGCUACUUCAUCGUCAAAGGUCAAGAGAAAGUCAUUCUGAUCCAGGAGCAACUGUCCAAGAACAGGAUUAUUGUGGAACAGGACCGGAAAGGUGCAGUGGGGGCCUCUGUCACCAGCUCCACCCACGAGAAGAAAAGCAGGACCAACAUGAUUGUGAAACAAGGCCGAUUCUACUUGAAACACAACACGCUGACAGAGGACGCCCCCAUCGCCAUUAUAUUCAAGGGCAUGGGUGUGGAGAGUGACCAGGAAAUUGUGCAGAUGAUCGGCACAGAGGAGCACGUCAUGGCCAGCUUCGCCCCGAGCCUGGAAGAGUGCCAGAAAGCCCAAAUCUUCACACAAACUCAGGCCCUGAGGUAUCUUGGCAAUAAGGUCCGCAGGCAGCGUAUGUGGGGAGGACCCAAGAAGACCAAGAUGGAGGAGGCCAGGGAACUGCUGGCGUCACUCAUUCUCACACACGUGCCCGUCAAAGAGUUUAACUUCAGGGCCAAGUGUAUUUACCUGGCUGUGAUGGUGCGCAGAGUGAUCCUGGCUCAAGGGAACAACAAGGUGGACGACCGGGAUUACUAUGGCAACAAACGUCUGGAGUUGGCCGGACAGCUCCUGUCCCUGCUCUUCGAAGAUCUGUUCAAAAAGUUCAACUCGGAGCUGAAGAAGAUCGCCGACCAGAUUAUUCCCAAGCAGAGAGCGGCCCAGUUCGACGUGGUCAAGCACAUGAGGCAGGACCAGAUCACCAACGGCAUGAUCAAUGCCAUUUCCACGGGCAACUGGUCCCUGAAGAGAUUCAAGAUGGAUCGUCAGGGGGUGACGCAGGUCUUGUCUCGCCUCUCCUUCAUUUCUGCCCUCGGCAUGAUGACCAGGAUCUCCUCCCAGUUCGAGAAGACCAGGAAGGUCAGCGGUCCUCGCUCGCUGCAGCCGUCCCAGUGGGGCAUGCUGUGCCCGUCCGACACGCCCGAGGGCGAGGCCUGCGGGCUGGUGAAGAACUUGGCCCUGAUGACGCACAUCACCACCGACAUGGAGGACAGUCCCAUCAUCAAGCUGGCCUUCAACCUUGGAGUGGAAGACGUCAACUUGCUGUGCGGAGAGGAGCUGGCCUACCCCAGUGUCUUCCUCGUCUUCCUCAACGGAAACAUCCUCGGUGUCAUUCGAGACCACCAAAAGCUGAUCAGGACCUUCAGGUUGAUGCGCCGUGCGGGUUUCAUCAACGAGUUUGUGUCCAUCUCCACCAACAUGGCCGACCGAUGCGUGUACAUCUCAUCGGACGGAGGGCGCCUCUGCAGGCCGUACAUCAUCGUCAAGAAGGGUCAGCCCAUGGUGAAAAACAAACACAUUGAGGAUCUGUCGCAGGGCUACAGAACCUUUGAGGACUUCCUGCAUGAAGGUCUGGUGGAGUACCUGGAUGUCAAUGAGGAGAACGACUGUCAGAUCGCCCUUUACGAGCACAUGAUAAACAAAGACACCACGCACUUGGAGAUCGAGCCCUUCACGCUACUGGGCGUGUGCGCCGGCCUCAUUCCCUACCCCCACCACAACCAGUCGCCCAGGAACACAUACCAGUGCGCUAUGGGCAAGCAGGCCAUGGGGACGAUCGGCUACAACCAGAGGAACCGCAUCGACACGCUGAUGUACCUGCUGGCCUACCCACAGAGGCCCAUGGUCAAAACCAAAACCAUCGAGCUGAUCGACUUCGAGAAGCUCCCCGCUGGCCAGAACGCCACCGUGGCCGUGAUGAGCUACAGCGGCUACGACAUUGAGGACGCCUUGGUGCUCAACAAGGCCUCCCUUGACAGAGGCUUUGGUCGUUGUCUUGUCUACAAAAACACCAAGUGCACGCUCAAGCGUUACACCAAUCAAACCUUCGACAAGGUGCUGGGCCCCAUGCUGGAUGCUACUACAAGAAUGCCCAUCUGGAGGCAUAACAUCCUGGAUUCUGACGGCAUCUGCUGCCCGGGUGAGCGAGUGGAGAACAAGCAGGUGCUGAUCAACAAGUCCAUGCCAACUGUCACCCAGACGCCACUGGAGGGCAGCACCCAGCCAGGCCAGCCGCAGUACAGGGACGUGCCCAUCUGCUACAAGGGUUCAACGGACUCGUACAUCGAGAAGGUCAUGAUCUCAUCCAACGCCGAAGACGCCUUCCUCAUCAAGAUCCUGCUGCGGCAGACCAGGAGACCCGAGAUCGGGGACAAGUUCAGCAGUCGGCACGGCCAGAAAGGUGUUUGCGGCCUGAUUGUCCCGCAGGAAGACAUGCCUUUCUGCGACACGGGCAUCUGUCCUGAUAUCAUCAUGAACCCACAUGGAUACCCCUCCAGAAUGACGGUGGGGAAGCUGAUAGAGCUGCUGGCUGGGAAGGCGGGAGUCCUGGAUGGACGCUUCCACUACGGGACCGCCUUCGGGGGGAGCAAGGUGAAGGACGUGUGCGAGGACUUGAUACGCUACGGAUACAACUACCAAGGGAAGGACUAUGUCACCUCCGGCAUCACUGGAGAACCCCUUGAGGCUUACAUCUACUUCGGACCAGUCUAUUACCAGAAACUGAAACACAUGGUCUUGGACAAGAUGCACGCCAGAGCGCGGGGGCCCCGGGCUGUCCUCACCAGGCAGCCGACAGAGGGCCGUUCCAGAGACGGAGGUCUGCGUCUGGGCGAGAUGGAACGCGACUGUCUGAUUGGCUACGGCGCCAGCAUGCUGCUGCUGGAGCGCCUCAUGAUCUCCAGCGACGCCUUCGAGGUGGACGUGUGUGGCCAGUGUGGUCUGCUGGGAUACUCUGGCUGGUGUCACUACUGCAAGUCGUCCUGUCACGUCUCCUCGCUGCGUAUCCCGUACGCCUGCAAGCUGCUGUUCCAGGAGCUGCAGUCCAUGAACAUCAUCCCCCGACUUAAACUCUCACGCUACAACGAGUGAGCAAGAAACAGGCAAAAUCUGAACAUUUCUUUUUUUUUUCUCUCUCUCUCUCUCUCUCUUUCCUCCGCACCUCUAGUUUGUCACAAUUAUGCUCUCGGUUUGUGUAAAUAAUAAAUUCUUCAAACUGUUUCUCUCUCUAA